CACCAAGGGCUAGAAAGUUGAAAAUAGAUGUCAUAUGAUACCAAUUAUAACUCAGUGAGCUUUUGCAGUACCAGGAACCUAUACAGAGUGUAAGCCAAAAUGGAAGACAGUCCUGUUUCCUAUGGCUUUAAAAACAUUUUUAUUACAAUGUUUGCUACUUUUUUUUUCUUCAAACUUUUAAUUAAAGUUUGUUUGGCUCUCCUAACUCACUUCUAUAUCGUCAAAGGAAAUAGAAAACAAGCGGCUAGGAUAGCAGAAGAGAUCUAUGGUGGAAUUUCAGAUUGCUGGGCUGACCGAUCCCCACUUCAUGAAGCUGCGGCCCAGGGGCGCUUACUGGCCCUGAAAACUUUAAUUGCACAGGGUGUCAACGUGAACCUCGUGACCAUUAACCGGGUCUCUUCGCUCCACGAGGCGUGCCUUGGAGGCCACGUAGCCUGCGCUAAAGCCUUAUUGGAAAAGGGCGCACACGUCAACGGAGUGACGGUUCACGGGGCCACGCCCCUGUUCAAUGCGUGCCGGAGCGGCAAUGCUGCGUGUGUCAACGUGCUGCUGGAGUUUGGAGCCAAGGCCCAGCCGGAGGUGCACUUGGCUUCACCCAUCCACGAGGCAGUCAAGAGAGGUCAUAGAGAGUGCAUGGAGAUCCUGCUGGCAAAUAACGUUAACAUUGACCAAGAACUGCCUCAACUUGGGACUCCCCUGUAUGUGGCCUGCACCUACCAGAGGGUAGACUGUGUGAAGAAACUUCUAGAAUUAGGAGCCAGUGUGGACCGCGGGCAACGUCUGGACACUCCCCUGCAUGCGGCGGCGAGGCAGUCCAGCGUGGAAGUCAUCCACCUGCUAGCCGACUACGGGGCUCCCCUAAAGCGCAGGAACGCCAGGGGCAAAAGCGCGCUGGAUCUGGCCGCCCCCAACAGCAGCGUGGAGCAGGCACUCCUGCUCCGGGAAGGCCCACCUGCUCUUUCCCAGCUCUGCCGCCUGUGUGUUCGGAAGUGCUUGGGUCGAGCAUGUCAUCAAACCGUCCAUGAACUCCAUCUGCCGGAGCUGCUGGAAAGAUUCCUGCUAUACCGGUAGCCCCAGCUGGCCGUGGGAAGAUACUUGGAAAUAAGCAGGUUGUUGCCUGCUGUAUCCAGGGUACCUAGUGUAGAUGCCCAACCAGUAGACUCUGACUAUCUUCGAAUGAGCUAAGGCAGUUAGUGUAGGUCCCCGAUGAACUGGAACACUUGAGGAGUGGAAACUCCUGGUUAAUGCUCUUAUUAACCAAGGGGCAACCAGGAGCCUUUUUGUCUUUAGCUUUUGUUGUUAAGGAACUUAAAAUUUCUGUGAAGGGGAGUGAAAACAAUCUAUGUUUGAAGAUUCACGAUCUUUAAUUAUCUAAGGGUCAAUGUUCUGAAUAUCAUGCAGACACAUAAAUCUGGGUGAAUAAAAUUAUGAUGAGUGUACAUAAUUCAAGAUGUGUUCCUGAUUUAGUUCCUCCCUCCUUACCCCUUUCUUUUUUUGCUUCUGUGAAUAAACCUCUGCUAUAAUUUUGAUUUCCUUGCUAUUUAUAUAUACACACAUACAUAUAUAUAUGUAUAUAUAUAUACAUAUAUAUAUGCUGAAUACAUUAAAAACAUCACAGUUAGCAGAGACUUCCAGUUACCGAGUUCCUGGCUGAUAAGAGAGAUGUUGGAAGAGAUUAGCUCACGCAGAAGUUGGAGUCAAUCGCUCAUCACUUCUGAUAUUAAAUGCCGUUCCUUGACGUAAACACUUCUAGACUCGAGCAACACUGGGCGUUCCCAACUAGCUGAACCCACAGGCACUGUUUGAUGCUUGUUGCAACCCAAGCAUCUAUCAGCUUAUUUUCAAAGUCAAGAGCCUCAGGGUUUUUGUCUGACAUGUUAAUGCCAGUUACUGAGAUGGGCUCAACGCUGGGGCAAUAUUAUUUCUGUGAGUCUGGGCCCCAAGUAAGCCUGAUGAUUAUAAUAGAAAACACAGCCUUCCCCUCCCCCUCUCUUUUUCUUGUUUUCCACUCCCUCCCCUUCUGCUUUUCCCACUGCUAGCCUUUCUUUAUCUCCUCCUUUUUUGUGAAUUCAGAACAUGGAAAUUGGAUAAACUUUUAAUUGUUGUAAGUACUACUGUCGUGGUUCAGUGACUAGAGUAAUAUUAGCUUCUAAAAAGAAAAUUUUCUCUCAAAUGAUCCUAAGUUUGGUCCAAAUAUAUAUUCCCCCCCCCCCCCCCAGUUUUUCUAGCCGUUUGAUUCUCAACUAGGGACAAUUUUGCCCCCCUGCUCCAGGGACAUUUGGCCAAGUUUGGAGACAUUUUUAGUUGCCACAACUGAGGGAGGGGUGCUACUGACAUCUAGUAGGUGGAGGUCAGAGAUGCAGCUAAUCAUCCUACUGUGCACAGAGCAGAUCCCCACAGCAAAGAAUAAUCAGGUCCGAAAUGUCAGUAGUGCCGAGAUUGAGAAACAUUGCUCUAAAGCUGGGCUAUUCGGUACAGGAGCCACAAGACCCAUUAGGCUGUUGAGCAGUUGAAAUGUGGCCGAAUUGAGAUGUGCUGUGGUAUUAAAAAAAAUACCGUGUUUUGAAGAUUCAGUACAAAAUGUGAAAUAUUAAUAAUUUUGAUGUUGAUUACACAUUGAAAUGAUAACAUUUUGGAUGUAUUAGGUUAAAUAAAAUUCAUCACUAAAAUUAAUUCCACUUCUUUUUACUUUUUAAAUGUGACUACCAUACAAUUUUAAAUUAUACAUGUGGCUAGCAUAUUUCUGUUAGUACUGUUCGAGACCUUUUUCUGAUUUUCACAACUUUGGAAUAUCAAAUAAGUUAAUUAGUUAACUACCUGGGGGAAAAAGAUUAAAUUAAUUUAAAUUCCUAUUUAAUAUCACAUUCCAAAAACAAAUCUUGGUUUUUUUGAAAAUGUUAAAAAAAUUUCAAAUGCUCUA